AUGGAUGGCUUUCAGGACAUCUUUAACUCCAGUCAGAGUUGGGAUUAUUUCUCAAACGCCAGCUACAAAGAUGAUCUCCUCACUGAAGCCUACGUUAACUGUGGCACCUUCAAGGUUGCAUCGUUUAACAGGAUCUUCCUCCCCAUCUUUUACCUUGCCAUCUUUUUCGUAGGACUGUUGGGGAAUGGAAUAGCAGUGGCUGUUCUCCUGAAGAACAGAAAGACAUUGGCCAUGACUGACACCUACAUUCUCUACUUGGCAUUUGCUGAUAUCCUCCUGGUGGCCAGCCUGCCAUUCUGGGCUGUGGAGACAGUCAAGGGUUGGGUCUUUGGGUCAAUAGCUUGCAAGAUAAUUGGGGCAAUGUUCAACAUCAAUUUUAACAGUGGCAUCUAUCUUCUGGGUUGCAUUAGCUUUAAUCGCUACCUUUCCAUUGUACAUGCAGUCCAGAUGUAUAAAAAGCGCAGGUCUUUGUCAGUACAUAUCAACUGCCUUGUUGUCUGGCUUCUCUGCUUCCUUUUAGCUAUACCUGAUUUCAUAUACUUGACAGAAUCACACCCCAGUGGCACUUUGAAAUGCCACUAUGAUUUUAAUGCUGACACUGCCAAGGCUUGGAUGGUGGGCUUGAGAUUUUUCUACCACAUCACCAGCUUCCUUGCACCGAUGACAAUAAUGUUCUACUGUUACAUCAUGAUCAUCAAAACCCUACAUGGAUCCCACAACAUACAAAAGAACAAGGAGCGUAGGGCCAUGAAGGUCAUUGUCAUGGUCGUCAGCGCCUUUUUCAUCUGCUGGGUCCCUUACAACGUGGUCCUCUUCAUAGACACUCUGCAGAGGUUGGGCGUCAUAGCCAGGAGCUGUAUCAUUGAAUUUAGGUUGGACAUUGCCAUCUCCAUGACAUCCAAUCUAGGCUAUUUCCACUGUUGUCUAAACCCAUUUGUGUAUGCUUUUGCUGGAGUGAAGUUCAGGAGAAACCUGCUACAGAUCUUCAGUGCUAUUGGCUGCAUCAGUCCGAAGACUAUGAAGAAAUACACAAAACCAGGCAACAAACUGUCUACCAUGACAUUAUCAGAGUCAGGAGAUACUUUGAACUCUGGAAUCUAA